UUGACGUCAUAAUAUAACCUAUAAGGAAAUGAUUUGUCAUUUAUUAUUAUUAUUAUUGUCUCUUCAACUUUUUAAUUAUCCAUCAUUGCAAUCUAGUCUUUCUUAAAAGGUGUCUUGAGUGUAAAUUAUAGUCAUAUAAUGAGAAUAGGAAGUCGUUAAUCGAUAUACAGAAAAAAGUUCACAAAACAGUUUGAAAAUGUUUCAAUUUGGAUUCAUGUUUCCCGAGAUCAACAGAAACUUCAGUGUUUCUUAUUAUUGUUACUCGGUAGCUAUGCUACCUGGUAAUGAAAGACAAGAUGUUGAAAGAGGUGGAAAAAUUAUUAUGCCCCCAUCUGCUCUAGAACAAUUGACCAGACUGAAUAUAAGUUAUCCUAUGUUGUUUAAAUUGACAAAUAAAAAAAGUAAUAGAGUUUCUCAUUGUGGUGUUCUGGAAUUUGUUGCUGAUGAGGCAAAAGUUUAUCUUCCACACUGGAUGAUGCAAAAUAUGAAUCUUAGAGAAGGAGAUAUGAUUCAAGUAGAAAGUAUUGACUUACCAGUUGGGACAUUUUCCAAAUUUCAACCAGUUUCUCCAGAUUUUUUGGAUAUCACUAAUCCAAAGGCAGUCUUGGAGAAUUGUUUGAGAUCAUUUGCUUGUUUAACAAAAGGAGAUGUUAUUGCUGUAAAAUACAACCAGAAAAUAUAUGAGUUAUCUGUACUAGAAACAAAACCGGGUGAUGCUAUUAGUAUUAUCGAAUGUGAUAUGAAUGUUGAAUUUGCUGCCCCUAUAGGAUAUAAGGAACCUGAAUUCCAAAAGAAGGAGGAAGAAGAGAUGGUUGUUGACCCUGCAGAUCUUAUGCCAGAACCAUCAGGUUUCGUUCCAUUUGGUGGUACAGGAAACCGAUUGGAUGGCAAGGUCCGCAAGGACUCCACAUCAUCCGAGGUUUCUGUUCCAAAAGCAACAUACGUUAGGGGAAUACCAGAUUAUGAUUAUCAAAUUGGCACUAUAACCUUUAUGAGAAGAAGUACGAAGCCAAGUAUUAGUAAGGAAAAAGAGGAUAAGGACGAUUUCAAACCAUUCAGUGGAUCUGGAAAUGUUUUAAAGGGUCCGUAUUGUUGUAUUAAUGUCAAAAUGGAUGAUGACAAGAUAAGAGAAGCCCUAACAACGAACUUCAGACAUGAAAAAUUCAAAUCGAAGUUACAAAAACGAGCAAUACGAGAAAUAGCUCAAAGAAACCAUGAUGUACUAGUGACUAUGCCUACAGGUUCGGGAAAAUCAUUAUGUUAUCAGCUGCCAGCAAUGUUAUAUCCACAAAAAGUGACGAUUGUUUUUUCCCCCCUUUUAGCACUCAUUAAGGAUCAAAUUGAUCAUAUGAAAGCUUUGAAAAUACAUGCAGUGUCCCUUAAUUCUAAAAUAUUGAAAUCUGAGAGGGAAGAUAUAAUAAAUGAUCUCAAGCUGGUUUCACCUAAGACAAAGCUGUUAUAUAUAACACCCGAGCAAGCAGCAACAAAUACCUUUAAAGACCUCUUGAAGAAUUUGGCAAAUUUCGAUAAAGUGGCAUAUAUUGUUGUAGAUGAGGCUCAUUGUGUCAGUCAGUGGGGACAUGAUUUCAGACCCCAAUACCUCAAACUGGGGGCUUUACGAGAAAUUUGUAAAGCACCUUAUAUUGCUUUGACUGCUACUGCGGGAGCUGAUGUAACCAGAGAUAUUUUGACCAGUUUACAUUUUGGAAAAGAUUUUAAAGAAUUUAAAACUUCUUGUUUUAGAAACAACCUCUUUUACGAUGUAUAUUUCUUGAAUGUUCUAGAGAAUCCUUUUCAACACGUUAAAAAAUUCAUUUGUGAUUGUUUGAAUUUCGAAAAAGAAAAAGAAAUGGAACCUAAAAAUAAAUCUUGUGGACUCAUUUAUUGCAGAACCAGAGAACAAACAGAGUUCAUAUCUGAACAAUUAAACAAAAUGAAAAUUAAAUGCUUGGCCUAUCAUGCUGGUUUGAAAAAUCAUGAAAGAUUGGAAGUUCAGAAUAAAUGGCAGAAUGGAGAAGUUCCUGUGAUAGCUGCAACUAUUAGUUUUGGAAUGGGUGUGGAUAAGGCUACAGUUAGGUUUGUAAUUCAUUGGGGCGUUCCAAGGGACCCAUCCUCCUAUUAUCAAGAAUCCGGCAGAGCUGGAAGAGAUGGAAAGCCAUCCAAGUGUCGAAUAUACUAUAGUAGAACUGACACUAAAGCUAUUGAGUUCCAUCUCAAUAAAGAUUUGGCUAAAGCGAAAAAUACAGAUGCUGGAAAGAUAAAAGCAGAGAAUACCAUAUCUGGUUUCAAAAGGGUGGUUGAGUUUUGUGAGAACGCAGAUGACUGUCGUCACAAUCUAUUCAACCGACAUUUCGGAGAACCUGAAAAAAAGUGUCUCACAAAUUGCGAUAUAUGCAUUGAUAAAAAAGGAGUUGCUGAAAGAGCUGAACAUUUUCAUAUAAAGAGUAUACAAUACAAUAGUGUUAUGUCGAAGGCUGAUGAUGGAGAUUACGGAGAUUUGUAUGGUGAAGGCAGAAAAGGAAUUAAUAGCGCCUAUAAUGAUUACUUAAAUGAAGAUUAUGAUGAUGAAAAUGGCAGUAGAGAAGAACAAGAGAAGCAGGCUAAAAAGGAAACUGCCGAUUUCAUCAAGAAACAAUUUGAGUUGAGAAAAAAUCCAAGGGAAAUUUCUGCAGCAACAGUAGAAAAGCUUUUCUCUAACCAGGCUAGAGUAAAAUCUGCAGCUUCUACUUCUAGUAAAGUGAAAGGACUUACUUUGACUACAAGAGAGCAGUAUCUGACAAAAAUCAAUGAUAGUGUCAAGGCCAAUUCUAAUGCUUGCAUGGAGGAGGAUAUAUUGACUCAGAAAGAUUUGGAAAACUGCGCCAUCGACCUUGAAUAUUCGAUUUUCACAGUUACUACAACAUUGAUGAUGUAUAGGAAUAAUAUGGCUAAGUUGAUAGCAAAAAUCAAAAAAUAUACUGACGAUCAGAUUUUAUAUGAUGGUGUGGAGAAAUUAUUGUCAAAACAAGUAGGAGAAGAUGAAAUCAAUACAAAUGUUAUACAAUCAGAGAAGGAAACACAUUUGAAUGGCUUUUGUAAAGCCUCCGAGUUAUUAGGAAACAAGAAAAUAUAUACAGGUUUCCAGAAAGCUUCAACUCUCUUGAAAGAAGAAAAGGGUGAAUUGAAAAAUAACCAAAGAAAAAUAACUGAAUUUCUUGGUGAAUCUUCGUCAAUCAGAAAGAGAAAAAUGACUGAUGAGCGAAGUGAUAUCAAUGAUCUCUUUGGAGAUGAAUCACAAUAUGAAAGAAACUGCAAAAAGCAGAAAACAGAAAAUGUAAAUGAAGAUUACAGACUUAAAGAUGAAUGGGAAGAUGAUUUUCCUGAAACCUUGAAGAAUAAUAUGAGUGAUGAUCGUUUGGGAAUCCCAAAUAGCUCCAAAACAGAUGAAGAUGAAAAUACCUGUGAUACAAUCAGAAAGAGUCCCCAGAGUACGAAUUUUGAGAAAAAAAUCCAAAAUCAAUCUCCUCAAGAUAAAAGUUACAAGCAAUCUUCAAAUGGUGUUUCAAAGAAUGAUACACUUCAGAAAAAAUCUUCACAAAGUUUAAUAGAUUCAAAAGAUAAGUUUAAAAAAAUAGAAAAUGAGAUUUCUAUUAGUAGGAACAAAGUGAAUACAGAUAAACAAAAGGUUAAAAGUAAAUUGAAUAAGAAUGAAGUAGGAAAAUAUGUUGUGAAAUUGCUAACACCUGCAUAUGCUGAAAAAAGAUUUGAAUCUAGAGAUUUGUUCAAGAAACUAGCAAGAAAUAUAUCUCACAACUUGGUAGAUAAAGAUCACUUAGAAAUCAAGAAAUAUAUUGAAGAGUUUUUAAAGAGGAAUCCUAAAAUAACUGAUGAGACAUCUCUUUAGUAUUUGAUCUUUAUAAAUACAAGGAGUUUUGUUUUUCUUAAUUUGUAUAUAGUAAUUCUUGAACAAAAGUACAUAUAGAGCAUAACAUAAUUAUUAUUUGCAUCAAAUAUUGUUUUAUUUAUACUUUUAUUUACUAGAAUUCAAAAAUUUAUAAGAUACCAAUGAAUUUUACUGUAUUUAUGAGUAAUAAAAAGGUGUGAAUAUUUAUA